AUGGUGCCCAUUACCAAGAAAUGCCGUGUUGUGCUGCACCAACUCUCUGAUGCUGCAGUCAGGAAGGGCAGAUGCAUAAAGCAGAGCCUCACUCAAGUGUCUCCUGGUGGCAGCAAAUUAAAGUUUGAAGCCUUGGUAAAGGUUGACCCUCCACCAGCCCUUGAAGUUUCCACUAUCUCCAUCAAAGAGGAGCCAGUGAAUGAAACUGAAGAAGUAUCCAUAAAAGAGGAGCCUGAGGAUGAAACUGAAGAAGUAUCUAUCAAAGAGGAGCCAGUGAAUGAAACUGAAGAAGUAUCCAUAAAAGAGGAGCCUGAGGAUAAAACUGAAGAAGUAUCUAUCAAAGAGGAGCCAUUGAAUGAAACUGAAGAAGUAUCCAUAAAAGAGGAGCCUGAGGAUGAAACUGAAGAAGUAUCCAUCAAAGAGGAACCAUUCUUAUAUGGAAGUGAGGUAGAUGGAGCUAAAAUGCAAAUGUUUAGCAAAACAUUUGAAGUUCCUGCACAGAUUUUCCUGAUGAAAAUUGACAGAAUGCUAUUUCUGUAAUCAAGUAUUCAAAUUAGGCAUCAGGAGACACAUCA